GAGCGGUGGCGCGCGCCGUGAGUGUCUCUCAGUCCUCCUCCGCUAAAGCAGCCGAGGGCAGUGCGGCGGAGGCGGGCGGUGCGCCCGGCUGGGGGAAAGACGGAUUCUCCAUGCAGGCAGGCAGCCCUCUAGACCGUUUCAAUCCGGAUGCCCUUUGCGGAUGAAAGAUGUAUCAUGGAAUGAACCCGAACAGCCGGGAUCCCUUCCUAGAGCAGCCGCUGCCGCCGCCGCCUCCACCGCUGUUUCAGCGUUGCCAGUCUAAACUCUCCCUGGUGGUCUUGUGGUUCCAAUUGGCGCUGUGCUUUGGCCCUGCACAGAUCACAGGCGGUUUUGACGAACUCCAUGCUUGUUCUGAUCCUGGAUUCCCCGAAUAUGGAUAUAAAAUGCCCAGCACAGGUGUUUUCUUUGAAAGUUCAGUUGUCCGAUUUCAUUGCCAAGAAGGAUACAGGCUUAAGGGUCCAUCCCAAAAGCUUUGUGAGAGACAUUUUAAUGGCUCCCUAAGCUGGAAGCCAAGUGAUAAACCUGUGUGCCUACAAGAAGGUUGCCUGAGACCACUGCUGCUUCCUCAUAGUUUCACUAAUAUAUCUCAGUUCGAGUCUUCCUUCCCAGUAGGAUCAAUGAUAUAUUUUCAGUGUUUUCCGGGAUAUAAACUAGAAGGUGCAGAGUUCCUUGAGUGCAUGUAUAAUCUUAUCUGGUCAGAUAGUCCACCUAGUUGCCUUGAUGUGGAAGUUUGUCCGCUACCUCCUAUGGUGACUCAUGGAGAUUAUAUCUGCCAUCCGCGGCCUUGUGAACAUUACAACCAUGGAACUGUGGUUGAGUUCUAUUGUGAUCCUGGCUACACUCUCAGUAAUGAUUACAAAUAUAUCACCUGCCAGUAUGGAAAAUGGUUUCCAUCAUAUCAAGUAUACUGUAUCAAAACAGAACAAGCCUGGCCAAAUAACCAGGAAACUCUUUUACGAACAUGGAAGAUUGUAGCAUUCACUGCUACUAGUGUUCUUCUAAUGCUUCUGUUAGUUAUUCUUGCCAGAAUGUUCCAAACCAAAUUUAAGGCACAUUUCCUUCCAAGAGAUACUCAAGAGAAUUGCAACAAUGGCCCAGACUUUGUGGUGGUGGAUGGUGUUCCUGUCAUGCUUCCUUCUUAUGAUGAAGCUGUGAGUAGUGGCAUAAAUGAGUUGGCAUCAGGAUGUGUGCCCCCUGCAGGCCAGGGAUAUGUUUUUCAAGCCGAUGAUCAGAAUCCUCCAGCUUAUCCUGGACCAGAUGAUUUGAACAGGUUGCCAGCUGAAUUUGACACGUGUGACAGCAUUUCAGGCUCUUCAGAACUUCUCCAGAGUUUAUACACAUCUUCUGCAUGUCAGAUGGGAGCUCAUCCUGUCUCAGACAGAACUGAUGUUAUCAACAGCACCACUGAAGAAGUAGCAUCAACCAGCCCAAGCAUUGAUAUUGCUGAUGAAAUUCCAUUGAUGGAUGAAGACCCUUAAUCUGCACAAAUAUUUCUCAUAUCUUGUUGGGGCGGGGGAAUAAAUCAUUUACAUAUGUAUACAUACAUAUCUAUAUUAUCUAUAUGAAUCUCUAUAUAAAGACUGAUUACAGAUGGAGGCAAGGAUAUUUUCUGUUUUUAUAAAUCUUCCUCAUUAUAAUGUCA